AUGAAUCAAUUUGACACGUAUUUUAUCAUGAAGCGUAUAUCUGAAAAAAAUGAAACCUUUAAUUCUGUCUCCCCAUUUCUGGUACAGAAAGCCAUCGCAGCAACUGUAGGCGAAGUUUCCUCUAUUAGAAAGAUGCGUUCAGGUGAUUUGUUGGUGGAAGUUUGCACGAAAAAGCAAGCCCAACAAAUCAUUAAAUUGAAGGCUUUGGCUACGUUCCCUAUUGCGGUCACUCCUCAUAACUCAUUAAAUUAUUCAAAAGGUGUUAUUACCUGCGGGGAACUGUUUAAUGUUCCUAUUGAGGAAAAAACACACGAACUGAAACCUCAAGGUGUAACGCAUAUACGCCAAAUUACCAUUCGAAGAGAAGGGCAAAUUUUACCAACAAAGCACUAUAUUUUAACUUUUCAUUCUACGAAAUUACCUGAAUGCAUAUAUGCGGGGUACAUAAGAUUGCCAGUUCGGCAAUAUAUACCAAAUCCUUUGCGAUGUUUUCAGUGUCAGCGCUUUGGGCAUUCCAAAAUUAAUUGUCGAGGAACACUCACUUGCGCACGCUGUGCUGAGAAAGGUCACGACAGCCAGCAGUGCACGGCGCAAGAAAAGUGCGUAAAUUGCAGUGGUUGCCAUGCCUCAUAUUCCAAAUCGUGUGAACGCUGGCAGCUUGAAAAGCAAAUUACAAGCAUAAAAUUUAAAGAGGACAUAUCCUAUCCCGAAGCAAGACGGAAAAUUUUAGCAUCAACACCCAAACCUGGUGUGAGCUAUGCAUCCGUUGUGCAAAAAUCUUUCUGUGAAAAUUGUAGUUGCCCAAACUGUAAAAAAACAGUCAAUAAAGAGAAAACUCAGGAAAAAAUUUCCGAAUCCGACACUGAGGCAUCUUUGACCAGUACUCCUGAAAGUAGUAACGCUGUUGCACAUAAACCCAAACCAAAAACAAAUAAAUCUUUGAAGUUAAAACUCUCCAAGCGUGGCUUGGUUGCAAAAGACAUUUCUCAUAAACUUAAAAAAACUACUUUACGCAGUUCUGUAGCCCUUGGACUUGCAAACAAAGGGGUCGCUCAUAAAGACUUAACAUCCAUUUUUAGUGGCUCCAAGAAAAGUCCGGCAACCAUCUCACUCCAUCCGUCUGAGGAGGAGGAUGAAUUUGAAAUGAGUUGCAAUGCUUCGCAACCUCCGAACAUUGUUCCCAGAACCUCCCUUGCAAAAAGAUUUUCUUAA